GCCACCAGAGCGAGUAAGUUCCUGGUGUUCGCCUACUCGGACGAGCAGCUGUCCAACACGCGCACUCACCUCGCAGAGGCCGUCCGCUUCGCCCAAGCCACCAACCGCACACUCGUGCUGCCCAAGGCCAGUCGCAGCCGCCUCUCACUCGCCCGAUCCCUACCGCUCUGCACCUACUUCGACCUCUCUCGCCUCCACACCCACUGGAUAUCGCCCGAGCUCUUCCUGCUCCUCGCUAGA